AAAUCAAGUUCAAAUCCUACUGUUUAUAGUGUUUAUUUUUAAUAAGUUUUCACUAAAUAUCAUGCUAAAAAUGGACGAUUUCGACAUAUUCUCUGACGAAACAAACUUUACUCGACCGCUUUACAAGGAUGUAUUGAACAAAUAUGUAAAGGAAAUACCAGUAACGCCAAGUGGACCCAAUUAUCAAAGUGGCAAUAAACUGAUGGCAGAGGAGUACCUCAUGCAGAACGAUAAUGCCCGCUGCGCCUUCCACCUCAGUGAGGCUGUGUCUGCGUCUCUCCGGAUCCUGGCGCUGUACAGAGAUGAGCAGCUGAAAGGAUGUGAGAAUAAACAACACAAGAUUACCAGUUUUAUCAAACCAAUAAAAGACAUUAUGGAGUCUGGUCCUAUAAGCAAAGAAGAUGAGAAAAUAUUUGAUCUGCUAUCAGUGGAUACAGAGGAGGUGACCAAAGCACUGAGUGUCUUCGAGAUUGAGGAACCAGAGCCAUUCCAUAGGAAAUACUUGAAGUUCAGUGCUGAAAACAAUGUUGACAACUUUCAGAAGAUUCUAAAAGAAUUACCUAAAGAAUGGACAGUAAUCCAGCUGACAGCGCCAUACAAUCCCAACGAGAACUUGAAACCAUUUGACGAAUACAAGACCGAGAUCGACUCUCUGUAUUUGAGCAUGUUCACUAAUGACUACACGGAGCAGUGUGAAUUUGGUCCGGUUACUGUUAAUAUACCGGCCAAUGUCCCAGGUGAAGGAGUAAAACCGCUGUUCACCGAGCUAUAUGCGCUUCUGGAUGAAAACUACAAGACCAUCGACAACGCUCGUCUGUUGAACAAUAAACGCCUAGUCCAGAAUUAUUGGAGUCGGAGAGAGGACAUAGAUCUACGGAUGAAGAGUGUCCUGUACGUGAUGGAUCGCGAGUGGCUCGGUGGUUGGGGCUGCCUGCUGACUGGGAAACUGGUCGACUCCGAAUUGAGGCAUAAAAUCAUCAAGCUGGUAGACGACACCAUUGAUGAUUGGGGAUUCAUAAGACUAACAUUAAAGCAGCGCGUCCUGCUCUACAACCUGAUAGACUCCAGCCCGUGCCUCUCUUCGCAACAGAUCAAGCCUUGCAUUAGAAGAAUUUUGACCGAGCAUGGCAACCCUGAGGACAUUAGGCAACAUCUGCCAGGCGAUUGUCAGACUUGCAGCAAAGACUUUAAGAUUACCAGCGAGCUGUGCCUGAAAUGCCUUAUGAAGUGUUUCGAAGGCGUCCACAAGUUCGCCCUAGUCGACGGCAUCAGAGCGUUCUCGCAAGCUGUGACCAAGGUGAAAGAUGGCGAGGAGUGGGCAGCAUUGAAGAAGGCUAAGCGGCAUCCUGUCAUCUUGAUCGUAGAUGAGAUGCUGGACACGUUCCCAUGGGAGAGCCUGCCGAUCCUGUCCCAACAUCCGGUGUCCAGGAUAGAAAACAUCCACUUCCUGUACAGUCUGUACAAGCUUCACCAGGACAAGAUUGUAGACGGUUACUAUGCAGCCAAGAGCGAUAUCGGAAGAUAUGUCAUCAAUCCAGAAAACAAUUUAGAACGAAUGGAGAAACGCAUGAGCUCCUUCAUCCAGUACUGGUGUCGGUCCUGGAGCGGACACGUGUCGCAGCCGCCGCCACCCGACCAGUUCAUAAACCAUCUCACCACCUCCGACGUUUUCCUGUACUGCGGUCACGGUGACGGCUGUCAAUUCGGCAACGGCGGCGCCGGCUGCGGCGUGGAAGGGGCUACGGGCACGCGUUGUGCUGCGUUACUCUCUGGAUGUGGCUCUGUGAGGCUGCAGCAUGGAGCCGGCCGUGGACCGCCCAUGGCUGCUCAUCAUCAUUUGAGAGUAGCUGGAAGCCCAAUGGUAGUCGGCAUGCUGUGGGAGGUAACUGACCUGGAAGUGGACAAGAUGGUCAGCACGCUGGUGUCGCUCUACGUGCCCUCCGACGCACCCGUUCCGUGGCCUAGUGUCGGCAAGACCAAUUGGAGCAAAGGAGAACUUGAUACGAAUGUGGAACAGAAGCUGCCAUUCACCCCGGAACCGGACUUGCUCCGCGCCGUGUCGCGAGCUCGUGGGUCCUCCAACUUCGUGAUGAUCGCCAGCAGCAUGGUGGCGCGAGGCCUGCCCAUACGGAUACUCUGAUGUACGGUCA